AUGACCAGCAUCACAUUCUACGACUUGUCGCGUCAAGGCUCUGAGGGCCUGACGGACUCCGAACGAAACUGGAGCCCGAAUACUUUGAAGACACGCCUGGCUCUAAACAUCAAAGGCCUCUCCUACAAAACCGAGUGGCUCAAGUUCGCAGAGAUCGCGCCGAAGCUGGAGUCCCUUGGCCUGGUACCUACACAACCUGGCCCAAUCGCUUACACGCUCCCCCCAAUCAUCAACUCGUCAUCGUCAUCACCCAGGAAAAAAGUCAUAGCCGACUCCUUCGCCAUCGCGCAGUACCUCGACUCCGCCUAUCCCGCCACACAUCCACUCAUCCCGGCCGGCACGGCGGCUCUACAGCUCGCUUACAUCGAGAGGGCCGUAGAUCCUCUCAUGCGUGCAGCCUUUGCGGGACUGUGUCGACCCUCGUUCGAAAGAGGUUGUGUCGACGCUGCGGAUAGGGCGCACUACCGCUCGACGCGCGAGGCCUUGUUCGGUGGAACAAGUCUAGAGGACAUCAUGGCUAUGAUGGAUAGCACGGUCGAAGGGUCCUACAAGGCGUUCGACGAAGCGCUUGAUGGGAUGGCGCGGGAUGCGAAGGCGGCUGGAGGGCAAGAUGUGUUCAUCGGAGGAGAUGGCCCAUGGCACGUUGAUGCGGCCAUUGCGGGAGUGUUAAUGUCCGUGCUCAAGAUGUGCGGAAGUGACCACGCCUUGUCAAAGGUGAUCUUUGGGCACGAGUGGGCGUGCAGUCUGCUGGCAGCAUUCGAAAAGUGGGCGUAG